AUGACCUGCUGUUCAUGCAUGGCUCGUACCAUUAUUGGUAUUGUUAACCUUGUAGUUCUUGUUAUCAUUGCUAUCGUUGCCUUUGUCUGCAGAAGCGCAAUCAAAAGCAUCAACAUCGACCAAAUCAAAGCAUUUUCAAAGACUACAUACUUCCUCUUCGCUGUCUUAGGUGUUGUUAUCUUAGGUUGCCUUAUUGGUUUCUCCCUCAUCUGCUUCGGUUCCGUCAAGUGCUGCCGUGUUUCCUACGCUAUCUUCUACAUCAUUGUUAUCAUUGCUGAAAUUAUCUUUGUUGCUGUUGCUAUCAAGUACACAAAGAAUGUUGAUAAGGAAGCUGGUGACUAUUGGGCUGAAUCUGGUGUUAAUGAUAGUGUUAAGGAUGGUGUUAAGAAGAUUGAAAAGGCUGGCAAGUGCUGCGGUUACGAUAAGCCAUAUGCUAACAACUCAGCUGAAUGCGGCUUCCAGCCAUCCUAUGAGAACACAACAACAUGCAGACAGUUGGUUGUUGAUAAGAUCAACGCUAACAAGAAGCGCGCUAUGAUUGCUGGUAUCAUUGUUAUUGUCUUCCAGCUCAUCCUCUUCAUCUACGCCGUCUGGUACGCUUUCUGCUACGAAGAUCCAGAUUCCACACAGAAGGAAGGCAUCACAUACGUUUAA